AUGCGAAGCCUGGAUAGGCUAUCGGGUAGCGACCAAGACUGCGGUGAUCGGGAAAUGUACAUCGACCUGGACGACGCCUCCGUUGACUCGCUUACCGGCAAACGUACUCGCCACCAUGUCGCGGAGGUGGGCGAGGAGAGCGACAGCAGCGGAAGCGAGAGGAGUCCGAAACAGGCGAAGAGAAGAAAUCGCGGCAACGCGCCGCCGACCACGAGGAGACGGAAAAGCGGAAUUUCCGCGCGCGAGAGGAACUUGAGGAGGCUCGAGAGUAACGAGAGAGAGAGAAUGAGAAUGCACUCCCUCAACGAUGCCUUUGAGCAAUUACGCGAGGUAAUACCACACGUAAAAAUGGAGAGGAAGCUCAGCAAGAUAGAAACGCUCACGUUGGCUAAAAAUUAUAUAAUAGCACUGACGAAUGUCAUAUGCGAGAUGCGCGGCGAAGAACAACCGUAUACAUUUGUCGAUGGUGAAUGCGGUUCCAGUAGUGGUGAUAGUACCGGCCAACUAGAAUUAAGCGGAGGUGAACAACCUGACGAAUCAUCCCCCGCGUCGAUUCACGAGACCAACAACAACAGUCUUCUCCAUGAAGACUUAGAACGCAGGAUCUAAAAAAAUUCGAUCUAAACGACAUGUGUCGGGACACAUACAUGCACAUACACGCGCACACGUACACGCACAGACUCUGUGAUAAACUAUCAUAUUAGUGCCUUUCGUAGAGACAGCAAUCCGUGACGAUUCGCUCAUUACUCGCCAUGAAUCUUCGUAGAUCGUCGUACGUUUUCGAAAAAUUCGUGCAAUAAAACGAUGAUUCCAUAGGAACGCGAUAAAAUAAAAGAAUAGAAAGAAGGAAAAACGAAUAGAAAGAGAAAAAUAAGACGAACAUGUAAUGAAGUAUAAGAUAAACGUAACGAAAUAUAGCAAAGUAAAUGAAGAAAGGACAAGACAAGAAAAAGAGAAAAAUAGAAAGAAUACGCGUUUUUAGAUACGUAAUACACGGAACGUUUCCGAUCUAGCGCAUAAUCUUUUUCAAAGAGAGAUUUCUCGAAGAAUCGAGAUGUCCUUAUAUAGAAAAAGUUUUUCAUAGAAAGCCAUUAUUUUUAUAACUUAAUUUCUAUCUAUUACGCUAGAUAGAGAAAUAUCUUAACAGCCAA